UCAGGUUAUUCAACCUUCGACUACCCACAAGUUCAUGUGCUCAGGUUCACUCUGAUAAGACUUCCGCUGUCUUACUAGUCUACCAUUCCAGCAAAGAUCCUUGGUUAAGUACUCGUUACCGCGUCCUAAUUACACUGCAGUCUGAUUCUCCACCCUCACCCCAACCAACUCCUCACACCUUGUGUUGCGGCGCGGGUUCAGGUUACCGAUUCAAGUGCAGCUCGCCACGGCUGGUUUACCAAUCUAUUUGCCGGCCGUUUUUCGAACUGCAGCAUAUAAGGAAAUACGGAGAACUCUACUUGUUCGGAAAUCUCAGUUACCAUCUCGCCCUAGCAACAGCGUCGUUCUCGCCCUUUUUCCCCCCACGGUUGCGAUGAGUACCGAGAACGCGCGUUCGCUCUGUGCCCUUCCGGACGAUGUCGUCCUCGUCAUUCUCAAUCGAGUCGGCGAUGUCAAGUCGCUCGGCGCGUGCGCCGCAUCAUGCCGCCGGCUGCGCGCCUGUGUGCCACGUGUCAGCACGGCAGUGGUAUCCGUGGACAGCCUUUUAAAGGCGAGAGCAGCGGACACUACAGGGCCCGCAUCCUCCUCUGCCUCUUCCUCUGCCUCUUCUCCCUCCGCCUCUGGCUUCGGAAAGAGCAAGGCCAUGACACAGCUGAGGAGCACGCUCAGCAACCUGCUGCGAUCCUUCCAGCGCGAGGACGAAGAGGCCAGCAGCGGAGGGUCGGACAGUCCCCCUCCGCUGGCUCAAGCCGGUCGGGGCGGCCGGGGCGACCGGAGCGGUCGGGCCGGUGGGCAGCGGGCGCAGCAGCAGCAACGGCAGUGCUUCGACGUGGAGGACGUGGUGCGGAGCUUCCCGCUGCUGCAGGAACUGCUCAUCGUGCUGCCAGACUGCGAGUUCACUCUGGACCGAGAAGCGGCGCUCAGAUGGUACGCUGAUUUCGACGAGACGCUCUCCUCCUGUGCCAUCGUUGCCGCUGACUCCAUCUCCCUCCUCGCCCCCCUUACUCCUCCUACUCCCCCUACUCCUUCUCGUGUCCCUUCCCCCGCAUCUUCCCUUCCUCACCUAUUACCCACGCCUCCUCCUCCUGCCCCACCCCCUCCUCCGCCCCCUCCGCCUCCUCCCUCUUCUCCUCCCUCUCCUCCUCCCCCCAUCUCUCUCCCACCCCAUAAUGCCUCCCUCUCGCCUCAUCUGCCGUCACGUGCCUCCCCCCUCCCUCGCUCCUCCUCCUCCUCCUCCCCCUCACAGCCUCCCCUCUGGGCGCCCUUGUGGGGGUGGGUCUCAGCUGCAGGCUCGUCACACCGGCAAGCCGCUACCACGCAUGCCCUGCAUACUGGGGGCGACUCAACCCUUUCUCCAGGCUCAAGCAUCCCCUCGUCCUCUCAGCCCUCUCAGCCCUCUCUGCCAUCUCAUCCCUCUGAGCUCUACAGUGGGAAUUCCGUGUCUCCGUCUUGCCAGGAGAAUGCGCAGGGGAGUGCGCGGGGGAAUGCUGUUCCAGCAGGAAAAUGGACGGCAGACAGGGAGCAGCGUGGUGGUGGCGACCGUGGAAAGGGACGGGACAAAGGGAAGGGGAAGGUGAAAGAGAAAGUGGAGCCCGGGAGAAUCUCUGUGGAGACUGGGGGAAGGGGAGAUGGAGGAGGGCAGUCGGUGCCAGGUGGGUGCAUUGUGGCUCGGCUUGGCUUUUCCCGGGUGGUGGACAUCACUGAUUCCUCUCAGGUGCCUAACCGAACUGAGGGCCCAGCCAAUAGGAUGCCGCCACCUGUCCCUGCACGCUCUCUCGCCUCCAUGUCUCGCCUGCUUGCUGCGAGCAGGAGCCGUGGGUUUUUGUCGGGUAAUGCUGCAAGUGGCAGUGGUGGUGGCAGUGGCGGUGGCAGUGGCACUGGCAGUGGCAGCAGCAGGGAUAGUAGCACCAACGGGAAUAGGCCUAGUCAGGCAAGGGCAAGCAGUGCCAGCAGCAGCGCUAGUAGCAUAAACGCUGCUGUUUCGACCCAGUCUAGCGGAAUUGCUGCAGCAGGCGAUGCAGUUAGGAGCCGCAUCAGUGACAGAAGUGGCCUUAGCAGCAGCAACUGUGCCUCUCCAAACAGCCCUGUUAGUGGCAAUGGCAAUGGCAGAGGGAGUGUGAGCACGGCAUGCACGAACAGUAGCUACUCGGAUCACAGCAGACCAAGCGACCUGAUUGAGUCCCUCAGGAGGAGUACCAGCGCCAGUGAAAGGGCUUCAGGGUGCUCCUCUGGUGGUAACACCAGCAGUGGCGGUCGCUGUAACCACGAGAAUGCCUUAGCUAAUGAUUGUAGCAAGGGCAGCGGUGCUCACCAUUCAAGCAGGAGGGUCUUUCCUGGCCAGACUGCUUGCGACACAAGUCUUCGCAGCAGUGCCAAUGGAAGCGGUAGCAGUAGCAGCAGAAGCAGCAGUGAGAGGAGCACCAACAACAACCAUGGGCCUCCCUCCCUUCUUCAAGUGCAUGCUGCUGCAUCCACACCCCCAGGCCCAUCAUGGCCGCAAUUACCACUUACCCAUUCCGCGCCAUCUCUACCAUCUGCUUCUGUUCGCUAUUCCGCUCCAACUUCCCCCACUUCUUCCUGCUUCCCCACUCCAUCCAACCGCCUUCGGCCAUUCCGCCCGCCCCCCAUCCGCCUCACGCCAAAUGGGCUCAAGGAGCGCAUUGCAUGGACCAUCAGUGCUGCUGUGGCGGCGUCGGCUCGCCACGAGCUGCUUAGGCGCAUUGCAAGGCAGCUGCCAGAGCUGAAGCAGGUUGCCAUUGCUGAUGUGCAAGGCCAAGGCAGCCUCUCCCUAGGACCUGAACAGCUUGCUUGCUUGCGCAGGGUGGAAGAGGAUAAGGCGUCUGCGGAUCCCAAUUCCUAUGCUCCUCGCACCCCACUUCCGACGUUGAAGAUGCUUCUGUGGCACGCUCCCUCACUGACAGUUGGUGACAUGGAGCUGACGGGUGCCACUCUAGUCAUCUUGCGCAAUGAAAAAUUCAAGGUGGCGAAAGCAGGUGAUCUGGGAAGUCAAGACGGUGGCAUUUCUGGAGGCCCACACACUUCUCAGCAAGAACAGUUGAGUGGUUUUGAAGGCCGAGGUGAGAUUGCGGAAAGGAGUGAUGCAGAACAUUGCCUGCGAUCAUUGUUGGCACCUUCAGAUCCUCUUCUGCAUGCGAGCUUGGAGCUGUUGCAGCUAUCGCAGACACAGCGGUUUGAAUUCAGUGCGUUCUAGUCACAACCAUAAGUCUUAGAGCAUGUUCCUAUGAGCCUCUUCCCAGGCAACCUCUUCCCCGACUCGCGCGACCUUGAUAGCGUGUUCCCAGGACCGCUUUUUGGAAUAAUCCUGUUUCAUAUUUGCGUUCCAACGCUCUCAACCACAUCAAAGCAGUUGGCGUCGAAGAUUUACA